UAUAGUCUUUUUUCACAAGUCUCUCCAAAAUGGCGGCCAGAAAGCGAAAGUUUGCGGACGCCGUUAAAAAUGAGGCGUUUUCUGGCGCAAACGGCGCCGCAAAACAUCCCAGAUGGUCUCCGGAGGACUUCAGAGAGUGGACUGUGAACGACGUCUGCAACUUUCUCACCGAAAACGGACAGAGUGGCGAUACAGUCGAGGUCUUCAAACGUGAGGAGAUAUGUGGAGCUGUAUUGCCAGAACUUACCGAAGAGAGACUGGAGAAAAUGGGGUUCAGAACAAUGGGAAAAAGACUACUGCUGAUGAAGCUGCUAGACCGGUUCAAACUCGUUCCAGUCUCACUGGAGAACUGCAAGAUUUUCAAUGAUCCAAUCCACGGCCACAUAGAGAUGCACCCGCUCUGUAUCAAGAUCAUUGACACGCCACAGUUCCAGAGACUGAGAUUCAUCAAGCAGCUGGGAGCAUGUUACUGGGUCUUCCCUGGUGCCUCUCAUAACAGAUUUGAGCACUGCCUGGGUGUGUGUCACUUGGCUGGAUGUCUGGUGAAGACCCUGAGGAAGCGGCAGCCUGAGCUGGGCAUCAGUGAUGUGGACAUGCUGUGUGUGGAGAUAGCAGGGCUCUGUCAUGACUUGGGGCAUGGACCAUUUUCUCAUUUCUUUGACGGACAGUUCAUCCCUUUGGCCAGACCGGGCUUCAAAUGGAAGCACGAGCAUGCGUCUGUGCAGAUGUUUGACCACAUGAUUGAGCAGAAUGACCUGAAGAACGUGUUUCUGGAGUACAACGUCGGGGAGAGGGACCUCCUCUUCAUCAAGGAACAGAUCGCAGGGCCGCUGGCCGUGGCCAGGGACCAGGCAUGGCCAUACAAAGGCAGAGACCAAGAAAAGAGUUUCCUGUAUGAGGUUGUAGCCAACAAGAGGAAUGGUAUUGACGUGGACAAGUGGGACUACUUUGCGCGGGACUGCCACCACCUGGGCAUCUCCAACAAGUUUGACCACAUGCGCUUCAUGAAGUUCGCCCGGGUCAUCAGUGUGGAAGGGCGCCGGCAGAUCUGCACCAGGGACAAGGAAUGUAGUAACCUGUACGACAUGUUCCACACUCGGAGCAGCCUCCAUCGCAGAGCCUAUCAGCACAAGGCUAACAAGUGUGUGGAGAUCAUGAUUGUAGAAGCUCUACUCAAAGCAGACAAGUACAUAAGAAUACCUGGCAAGGAGGGUGCUGAAGUGAAGCUGUCGGAGACCCCGGAUGACAUGCACGCCUACACCCAGCUGACUGACCACAUCUUCCAGCAGGUGCUGUACUCGCGGGAGCCUGAGCUGGAGGAGGCUAGGAGUAUUCUCAGGGACGUGGAGAGCCGCCGACUGUACCGCUGUGUGGGGCAGACACGGCCGCAACAAGGCUGCCUCAUUUCACAGGAUGAAGCUCCGUCCUGGUCAGAGGAGAUAGUGACAUCUCUGACAGAGGAGGAGCUGGGAGCCCCUCAGCUCAGUCCUGGGGACAUCGCUGUCAGUGUAGUAGACAUGGAUUAUGGAAUGGGUGAUAAGAACCCGAUUGACCACGUCAGGUUCUACGACAAGAGUAAGAUGGACAACGCCUGCAGGGUCAGGAAGGAAGAGGUCUCCCAGAUGCUGCCUGAAACCUUUGCAGAGCAGCAUAUACGAGUGUACUGCAAGAAGAGAGACCAGCGAAGUAUCGAUAUUGCGGAAAGGUGUUUCAUACAGUGGUGUGCUGACAGACAGGACAGACUGAAGAAACCCAAGGGUGGAAAGGCAUCAGCACCAGAGCUGACUCCACUGAAGAAGGAUGAGAAGGAAGACGAGGCCGGCACCUCGCGAUUGGUCCAGCCUCCGGGACAACACGACUCCGUCAGGAGCAGACUGUCACUGUAGUCUGGUGUCAG